GAGAAAAAAAUGUCUUCAGAUAACCAGUGGUCAGCAGAUGAGGAUGAAAGCCAAUUAUCCCGACUAAUCAGGAAAUCUAGAGACUCCCCCUUUGUCCCUAUAGGUAUAGCAGGCUUUGUGACUGUGGUGUCCUAUGGUCUUUACAAAUUAAAGUAUAGAAGAGAUCAGAAAAUGUCACUUCAUCUUAUUCACAUGAGAGUUGCUGCCCAAGGAUUUGUUGUCGGAGCUGUGACUCUAGGUGUUCUUUACUCUAUGUAUAAGGAUCACAUUAGACCUAGAUUCUUCAGUGAGUCCAAAAAAUGAAGCUACACGCUGGAAGCAAGAAAGACAAAAAGCUUCUGAAAAUGAUUUAUUAUGAAGAGUAAAUUUUCAAUAUGUAGCAAAUUUUACUACAGAAAUUUCUUCAAAGUAUUCCUAGGAAUACAAAAGUGAACUACAAACAAAUUUCUUUUCCCUGAGAUGGCAAAAAGGAUUUAGUCCAGAAGUGCUAUUGCUAAUGUGGUACGACACUGUAGAAAACACAGGAAAUCAAAGCAGAUGUUAAAGGUUAAGUAUGCCUGCGGCUUUGAACUCCUGUCUAAUUGCCCUCAGGGUCUAAAAAAUCAUCUAGGGUUUUUUGAAGACAUAACUGCUUUAAGCUUAAUCCCAAAGAAUCCAAGCCUAGGAGAGAAAAAAAAAAGUCACUGAAAUAAAAUCAAGAAUAUAUGCAAUAGAAGUUGAUUUCUGGUGGUGAUUUCCUUUUCCUCAGUGUUUCCUAUAAUGGAGGGUGACACUGACAAGAAGGUGAAGUCCAGUAUUUGUGGAAAAGAAAAACAUGAAAAUGUCUGCAUUCUGGAUAUUAACUCACUAUUCUGUGUAUUACAUAAAUUUUUCUUCAC